CUUUGCCAGACUGUUUCUGAAUAUCGGUGUGUGUGUGUGUGUGCUUUUACCACGUCGUAUUAUUCCCAUCGUGAUGCUGUCAGGUGCUAAAUAAAGUGAGAAAAAAAAUGUAAAAGUCUAAGCCGGCCAAGGAUGCGCUUUGAAAUGGACAAGGCGCCGCUCCAGCAUCAUCAACAUACUCACCCGGUUGUGUCCAGCAAUCCGACUGCUCACCAGCACAUCUUGUCGGCGGCCGAAGGCGGACUCCCGACCAUGGUCGGUCACGGCCGCUUCGUCAAGAACGACCCGGCCAAUUCCAGCAUCGACCGGGAGUGCCGCGUUUCGCUGGAAGAGCGCGACCUAUGGAGCAAGUUCCAGGAGCUCACCAACGAAAUGAUUGUCACCAAAAACGGAAGGCGGAUGUUUCCCGUCGUGAAAGUGUCAGUUGGUGGUUUAGACCCUAAAGCCAUGUACUCUAUCCUGCUGGAAUUUGUUCAAAUUGAUAGUGAAGGGCGUUGCCGAUACGUCGAAGGAAGAUGGAUUCCGAGCGGGAAAGCUGAACGGCCUCCAUCCAACGCCAUUUACGUGCACAACGAGUCACCAAAUUUUGGUGCUCAUUGGAUGAAGGAGCCAGUGAAUUUCUCCAAACUCAAGUUAUCAAACAAGAAAUCAGAGCCGGGCAUGAUUAUGCUCAAUUCGCUGCACAAGUACGAGGCUCGCGUCCACAUCGUCCGGGUUGGCACCGACGAACGUCGCAUCUUGACGUACGCCUUCCCCGAGACCCAAUUCAUCGCUGUCACUGCCUAUCAAAAUCCAGAGGUAACGGCGUUAAAGAUUAAACACAAUCCCUUCGCCAAAGCAUUUCUUGACUCGAAAGAGCGAUCCGGCGGAGGAGGCGGACACGGUGGUCAGCACGGCGACUCAUCCGACAGUGGUGUUCAUCCGCAUUCAAUGGUUCAUCAUCAGUAUUCUCAAUAUGGCUCGUGGUAUUUGUCGCCUAGCGCAGCUCAUCAGAGCGUCUACGCUGCCCAACAAUUAGCUGCUGGCGGAGGAGGAUCUCGAUUACCGUCGGGUAGCAACGGAUCGGCAUCAUCUUCAUCGCCUGUUGGUCGAGUAUCGUCUUCAUCAGCAUCUACUGGCACUACAAACGCCGGUCAUCAUCAUCAUGGAAGCCACCGGGUCGUCCCUUACAGCGUCCCGUCGGCCGGACACAAAUCGCCCACAACCGUCCCCGGCUCGUACCCGAUCAGUGCAACUCAGACGACACCUACGACGCCGUACGGAGCUCCUCACCACAAUCCGGGUCAAGCCGGCACCUACAACAACACGGUCGGAGCGGCGGCCAGCUGGACGACCAACAACUGGAAUUGCGGGGCCAAUAAUGCAGCAGCCGCUGCUGCGGCCGCAGCCGCCGCCGCCGCCGCUGCAGCCGCCGCCUCUUCUUCCGGCUCGCCGCCCAUCAACAACAACGGCGGCCCCGUCGGUACUCCAGUGGCUUCCUCCUCUUCAGCCGGAGGUAGCAGCUGGGCCAGCGGACAUCAGUUACCCUGGCUCUCGUCGGCCGGCGAGCCUUUCCAACAUCAGCAACAGCACUACGGCACCAAUCCAGCAGCGGCCUACAGUGCGGGUUACAUGCCAUCGUCGCACUACGGCGGCGCACCGACCGGCCACCACGGGACGGAUUUCGGACUCCCUUUCUCUUCGACUGGUUAUCCCGUCGGCUUGCCCGGCUCGUAUCCAUCUGGUCACUACUUUUUCGGAGGUGGAGAUAAUUGCGGUUUCUAUAACAAUGCCGGAUGCCAGCAACAGCAACAACAGCCUCACCAACAACAGCAAUACCAGCAAGUGUCUCCCGUAGCUGUUGAACGAUCGGUUUCUACCAGUUCCAGUCCUGGAUUCGAAUCUCAUCAGCAGCAGCAACAACAGCAAGUGGUGCUGCAACAACAAGUCCAAGUGAAGCAAGAUCUCCUUUCCGAGAGUUUCAGCGAUCACAGUUCACCGAGACAGGAUUGGAGUCCACUCACUCCUCCUACAGGAGUUUAAAACAAAAUCAAACCAAAAUGCUGUCAAAAAGAAUUUUUUUUUUUAAUUCGUGACUGAAAAAAAUCGUUUAUCGUCGUCGAAGCGCCAGUGACUGCUCCUUUUUGUUUUUUGAGCAAUCCGGAAGAUGAGAUUAUCGUUGUAGGCCUCGUCUCGAAUUCAACCGGACAGUUGUAUCAUAUUUAUCUUCGUCUCUACUCGAUAGUCUUUAGCUUCUUUUCAAUUUUUUUUUGACAUCGUCACAGGCACAGCUAAGAGGUUGCUAGCACAACAUUCACCAUGUAUUCUCUUUGAUUUAUUUUUUUUUUUCAUGUGCGCAAUAAUCCACUCCCCCAGAUCGCAAUUGUUUUGUUUUUUUGUGUUGAUUUUACAAUUCUUACAGCACCUUCUCCCCUACAAUCCAAUUACAAAACACUUUUGAAUCCCCCCUCAAUUUCCUUAUUACUGCUGUCCCUUUCCCACCUCCCCUAUUAUUCCCAUUGACUGAUAUAUAAGCAAAAGUCUGUGCGUAGUGCUGUGUGUAUGUCUAGUGCUGUAAAGUGACAGACAAAAGAGCUGUAAAUAGAUAUCGAAUCAUUUUCA